AUGUCGUACUUCUUCCCAACAUCCGAAUAUGCAGACGACCAACCGCUAGCGCGAACCAUUCUCGCAACUCACGUCCUCAGCCGGGGGUUUCAACUCGGCAGCGCAAUCGGCCUCCUAAACUGCGGCGCCGCAUACCUCGUCAAACGCCGCUCGAUCACCGCGCCCUUCUUUCUUCGCUCAGCGGGGACGGGGGGCAUGAUCGGGGCUGGAAUAGCGAGUCUUGGCCUCAUCGGCCGGAUGUGGGGACGGGAAGAGAUCGAGUGGAAGGAUCGCAGUUGGCGACUACGUUAUAACACCGGCCAGGUGGCGGUUGAUAACUGGGGGGAACCCGCGGCAGCGCUUGGAGUGCUGGUUGUUGCGUCGCGGGGUUUAGCUGGGCCUGCACCAGGAAGUUGGAGGGGAGUUGUUGGGGGUGCUGGUGUGGGAUCUUUGAUUGGGAUUGUUGGAUGUAUGUGUAUGGCGCGGCUGAGGCCGUCGCAGGAUGCGAAAAAAGGAAAUGGUGAAUUGUGA